AUGGCUCUGUACUAUUCUCCGUGCAUAUACGAGAAACCUUUCGAUAGUGAACCAAGCAUGCGUCAAAAAUAUCCCAGACGCGGUCGAGCCGACAUGCGAGUAAGACAACUUAACAUUCUGAAUAGAUCAGCACAACAAGUGCACACGCGUAAAAAGGAAUAUAGCACUCCUCCAGUGGUCUUUAUGCGAGUCCACUGCAUCCCAAGUCCCGAUCGACGUGAGUAUCAUCUUCCUAUUGUGACGUGGUAUUCAGAAAGGCAGGAAGGGAGGCUCGGACAUCCGGCCGAGCUCACCAACAGUUACCACUUUCGCUCUCAUAGGAUAAAGGAGUCGCAGAUUCUCGAAUAUACCUUGAUCCUCGACGCAGCACCCUGGUUUACACUGCCCUGGAGACAUGGAGUGAUCUUCGAGACCGUCAUCGACGUCGUUGCCUCAAGUCAGCUAACCAUGAGCGAGUCUCGAAGAGAAAGUCUUGCGAAACUUGCGCUCAGAAGAAGCUGCGGUGUUGCUUGA